AUUCACUGUUGGCGCUGUUGACAUCAGCCUGCAACGUCCAUAAAGCCCGUCACUGCUGCCGCCUCGAACCGCCGUCGCACCACCGUCGCCGAUAAGCCCUUCCACUCCUUUUCCGUUGUCCGGACACUUCUCGAAUUCUCAUUCGGAUCGGGGCCGCAGGGCUUCCAGAGUUGUCCUGUCGCCAUGGGCGCUCUCCUCUCGCUGCCGCUGCUGGCGGUGCCGAGCAUGGGCACUGUUCUGUCGUUCGCAGCCAGCUGUUGCGGCGCUGCGACCUGCUCCAUGGUGUGCAGCGCGUGCGGGAAGUGCGGGAACAGUGUCGCAACCCGCAUCGCCUACGCCCUCAUCCUGCUCGUCAACUCGAUACUAUCAUGGAUCAUGCUCACGAAAUGGGCCGUCGAGAAGCUGCAACACCUCAUGCUCGACUACGUCAAGAUCAAGUGCGGUGACGGCGAUUGCUACGGCUGGCUGGCCGUCCACCGCAUCAACUUCUCCCUCGGCAUGUUCCACCUCGUCCUCGCCGCGCUCAUGCUGGGCGUGCGCUCCUCCAAGAACCCGCGCGCCGCCAUCCAGAACGGCUUCUGGGGCCCCAAGAUCAUCGCCUGGCUGGGCCUCAUCGUGCUCACCUUCUUCAUCCCGGACACCUUCUUCCAGUUCUGGGGCAACUACGUGGCCAUGAUUGGCGCCAUGCUCUUCCUGAUCCUGGGCCUGAUCCUGCUGGUCGAUCUGGCCCACAACUGGGCCGAGUACUGCCUCGCCCAGAUCGAGAACUCCGAGUCCAAGACGUGGCGCGUCAUCCUGAUCGGUUCCACCCUCGGCAUGUACCUGGCGUCGCUGGCCAUGACCAUCGUGCAGUACAUCUUCUUCGCGUCGAGCGGCUGCUCCAUGAACCAGGCCGCCAUCACCAUCAACCUCCUCCUCUGGAUCGCCAUCUCCUUCAUAUCGGUCCACCCCACCGUCCAGGAGCACAACCCCAAGGCCGGCCUCGCCCAGGCCGCCAUGGUGGCCGUCUACUGCACCUACCUCACCAUGUCCGCCGUCUCCAUGGAGCCCGACGACAGCGAGGACGGCCACUGCAACCCGCUGGUCCUCGGCCAGGGCACGCGCACCACCUCCAUCGUCGUCGGCGCCAUCGUGACCAUGCUCACCGUCGCCUACACCACCACGCGCGCCGCCACCCAGAGCCUCGGCCUCGGCGGCAGCAGCAGCGGCCAGAUCCGCCUUCCCGACGACGACGACGACGUCGCCGGCCACUACGAGCACGACCUGGUGACGACCCAGCCGAGCAGGCGCCGGCAGAUGCGCGCCGAGGCCCUGCGCCGCGCCGUCGAGGAGGGCAGCCUGCCCGCCGACGCGCUGCUGUCGGACGACGAGGACGACUCGGGCAGCGACGCCGCCGGCGGGUCGGGGUCGGGCUCGGGCCGCCGGAACGACGACGAGCGCGCCAGCACCCAGUACAGCUACUCCAUGUUCCACGUCAUCUUCUUCCUGGCCACCGCCUGGGUCGCCACCCUGCUGACCAUGGACUGGGACGACAACAAGAAGCAAGACGACUUCGCCACCGUCGGCCGCACCCUGUGGGCCAGCUGGGUCAAGAUCGUGAGCUCCUGGGUCUGCUACGCCAUGUACAUCUGGACGCUGAUCGCCCCCGUCUUGCUGCCCGAGCGUUUUGAUUUCGAUUAGAUCCCGGU